AUGGCCGCCGCACCUCAAUCGUUCUACGAGCUUUAUCGCCGUAGCAGCAUCGGCCUUGCGCUGACAGAUAUGCUGGACGAUCUCAUCAGCGAGGAGCGUAUUCACCCUCAGUUGGCGAUGAAGAUCCUGGCCAACUUCGACCAGGCCAUCACAGAGGCUUUGCAAAAGAGCGUCAAGGCUCGCUUGACUUUCAAGGGAAGCCUGAGCACCUACCGAUUCUGCGACGAAGUCUGGACGUUUCUUAUCAAGAACGUUCAAUUCAAGCUGGAUAAUGGCGGGCAGAUCGUGACCGCCGACAAGGUCAAGAUCGUCAGCUGCAACGCCAAGAAGCCCGGUGAAGGCCCUUGA